AUGUCUACGGAAAAGUUUCCUUUUGAUGCGUAUGCUCUGGAACUUUGCGUCAUCAUGUUCCUGUCGCUUGCGGCUUUUUUUAUCACCAAAUCCUUGUUAAGUUCGUUUGGGCAGGUAUUUUUUAGAGCUGGUUUGUGUGGAGCCGACAUGAGCAAACCAGGGAAGCCCGUUUUGUAUGCGGAAAGAUUUGCCUAUUUUUUUAUGUUUAGACCGGAGGCCCAAGGUGUUGUUGCAGCAACUGUAUACAUUAACUGCAUGUUCCUUUUCAUUCCGCUACCUUUUCGUGCUCAUAUCCUCCAGUCUCUGAGUUGGUAUAACCCGAAAAGCACUUUGUUCGUUUUCGUUCAACCAUCUCUGUCAGACAGCGAUAUUAUUGCAGAACAGGCUGUUUUGUUUAAGACUCGGCUCAUCCCAUUCCUAGCUGCUCUUCUUUCGAUUUGCUGUAUGGUUUUCCUCGGGUUCGCAGAUGAUGUCUUGAGCCUACGCUGGCGGCAUAAGCUCAUACUCCCGACGCUUUCUAGUCUUCCUCUUCUAAUGGUUCAUUUGGCGAAUCUUGGAACUACACGUAUUGCUGUUCCCUUGGUUCUCCAGGGUCUUCUCGGGACCAGCGUUGACAUAGGUUUUUUGUACUAUAUCUAUAUGGGGAUGCUUGCAGUCUUCUGUACAAACGCAAUUAAUAUCUAUGCCGGCAUCAAUGGUCUGGAGGCUGGACAAAGUAUCGUCAUUGCUCUCUCCGUCAUCUGCUUCAACAUAGUUGAGCUCAACGGCUUAGAGUGGAAGGCCCACUUGUUCUCCCUCUACUUUCUGCUACCAUUUGCGGGCGUCACUAUGGCUCUUUUGCAGAAAAAUUGGUAUCCAGCUCAGUUGUUUGUCGGCGACACUUUCUGCUACUUCGCGGGCAUGACCUUUGCAGUGGUGUGCAUCCUUGGUCACUUCAGCAAGACUCUCAUGCUUUUCUUUAUUCCGCAAGUGUUCAACUUCAUCCUUAGCCUACCGCAGCUCUUUCAACUGAUUCCCUGCCCGAGACACCGCCUCCCUAGAUUCUGUGAGAGAAACGGUCUGCUGUACCCAAGCACAGUCUCACUACACGUGAGUUCACUCUCAUCAGUGGGGCGCCUCUGUCUGCAAACUCUGUUGUACUUGGGUUUGACCCAUCGCAACACUCCAGAUCCUGAGAAAUGCGUGGACCUGGACUCAAAAGAGGAGACCGAUUCGGGCGAGGUGGUCAUUAUAGACAAUUUAACUCUCAUCAAUCUCUUCUUACGACUCACUGGACCCGUCUCUGAGGCUCGGACAGCAGCCUCUCUUCUCGUUCUUCAGGUACUCUGCUCCUGCUUGGCCUUCGUAGUUCGCUACCCCAUGGCGUGGAGUCUGUAUGGUCAGUCAAAUUAA